AUGAAUCAGUGCGAAAGAACCCGCCGAAAGCCCUAUCAGUAUCAGUGUGGGUGCAACUGCCCAGAAAAUGACUGGUAUUUGUGUCGCUCAACGACUGUUGCCCAAGAGGAGGAACGGCCAGAAUGGACCAUGUCCCCAUUUCCCUUUUUGGCCUGUGUGGCUCCUAAUGCAUCAGAAGGCACUCUUGUUUAUCAACUGGAAGCUCACUGCACUAGCAGUGUUUCCACUGGCCGAAUCAGUUAUGCACUGGUAGCAGGUGGAGAAGGGCGAUUUGAAGUGAAUAAGCUUACGGGGGCCAUAGUUGUAACUGAUCUGCCUCUUUCCUGGGACAUGGAAUAUGUGGUCAUUGUCCAGGCCACUGAUGAGUAUGGCAAAAAAAGCCCUUAUGCCUCUGUUUCCAUCUUGGUUGGUUCCAGACCCCCCCAGUUUAUGAAUGGGACUUAUAAUGUGUUGGUGCCAGAAAGUACUCAGGUGGGAGAAAGGGUAGCCGUGGUCCGAGCUUUGUCUUUCCAGAGGCAGCCUCUCUUGUAUUCACUGGUGACGAACCCCAGCAGUCUGUUCAGCUUGGACCAGCAGAGUGGGGAGCUGGCCCUGGCCCACCCCAUGGACUACGAGACCCAACACCGCCACUACCGCUUCCUGGCCAGAGCCACGGAAGCCGAGAGUGGGCAAAGCGGCAUCGCUGAGGUUGUAGUGCACAUCACAGAUGAAAAUGACUGUGCCCCGGAAUUCCGACAACCCAUCUACAGCAGAGAGAACAUUCCCGAGACGAUUCCCGUCGGCACAUCUUUGCUACAAGUUCAAGCCACUGACUGUGACGUCGGCCUCAACUCUGAGAUCACUUACUUCAUCCAGAGUGCAGAUUUCUCGGUGUCAGCGCAGGGGGAUGUCAGGACGCUCCGACGCUUAGACUUUGAGAGAAUAAGCCCCCUGUAUGAGUUGGUGGUUGUGGCCCAGGAUGGAGGGUUCCCAGCUCUGACCAGCACUGCCUCCAUCCGCAUUCGCACGACCAACAGGAAUGAUGAAGUGCCCGUGUUUUCUCAGGCAGUUUACAAAACAUUCCUCUCAGAAGAUGCCGGCCCCAACACCUUAGUAGCUGUUGUCCACGCUAAGGAUCCAGAUGGUGAUGGCGUUUCCUACGAGAUUGCUGAUGGGAACGAGGAGGGCAACUUCGAACUGGAUGGUCAGAAAGGUAUCAUUAGACUUCGUAGACACCCUCUGCCUAGACUUAAGGGUCCUCAGUACAUACUAAACAUCUCUGCAAUCGACGACAAUUUUUCUGGGGGUCGAUCGUCUCUAUGUAGCUUUGCCCAAGUUGUUGUGGAAAUUAAUGACGUAAACAACCACAAACCUGUCUUCAGAAAGUGUGCUCAGUACAGCAGAAGCACCUGGGUGCUGGAGAACCAGCCUCCAGGCACCUUUGUGCUACAGGUGGAAGCGCAGGAUGCAGACCUUGGUCUGAAUGGCGAAGUAAAAUAUGGGAUUAUACACAGGGACGGCGUAGCCCCAGGGUUCAGAAUCGAUCCAGACACAGGAGUCAUUGUUACCGCUCGGACCUUUGACCGGGAGAAGCAGAAAGCCCAUCUGCUCUCCAUUAAAGCCUCAGACCAAGCCCUGGAGCCUCUGAUCGGACUGUGCCGAAUCACCAUUUUCAUCGCUGAUGCCAACGACAAUAGUCCAAAAUUUCAAAACAGUCACUAUCAGUACUUCCUCCCUGAAGACACGGCAGUGGGGACGAGUUUUCUCCAGGCAGCAGCACGGGAUGCUGACCUGGGGGCGAACGCGGCCAUUCGGUACUCCAUGUCCUCAUGGGGACAGGGCCAGGAAUCCCUCCAGAUCGACCCCGCCACAGGCUGGCUCUAUGUGAGCCACCCCGUCUCCCAGGUGCCUCGGAUCGGCUGCCGCAUCGUGGCGACGGACGGAGGGAACCGGAGCAGUACCAUGGAGCUGAAUGUGACUGUCACCGGCGUUCUCCAGCCUCCCCCUGUGUGGGAGCAGGGGGACUACUGGAUCUCCAUCCCAGAGAAUACCACGCGGGGCACCAGGAUAAUGACUCUCAAAGCGAUAUCUCCUUUUGGAGAUCCGAGGGUGACGUACGACCUGGAGGAAGGAAGGAUUCUAGAGGCAAACACCCCCAUCCACUUCUACCUCAAACCAAACCGGCUGGACGGAUCUGCUGCUCUCCUGGUGGCUGAAUCUCUUGACUUUGAGACCACCCCUUUUUUCACUCUGAGAGUGAGGGCACGGAACUUGGCUCCAGUUCCGCUGGCCUCCUUCACCACCGUCUACAUUAACGUAACUGAUGUCAAUGAUAAUGUUCCAUUCUUUACGUCUUCUACUUAUGAAGCGGCUGUACCUGAAGGGGCAAAGAUUGGCACAGCAGUUGUACAGGUUUUAGCCACUGAUUUUGACUCUGACCUACAUGGAAAGGUCCAGUAUGUCAUACUGAAGGACCCCGCUGGAGACCACCAGUUCUUCACCAUUAACCCCAGGACAGGGGUCAUCUUCAGUGAAGCAUCUUUUGACAGAGAGGAAAAAGGCUGCUAUUUGAUUGAAGUACAGUCCCGGGACUCCUCUGAAUCUGCUAAGCCAGGCAUGCUUGGGCAGCCGAACACAGACAGAGCCUGUGUGAGGAUCUGGGUCAUUGAUGUCAAUGACAAUGCUCCAGCCUUCCUUCAGCCCAUCUACAAGGCCAGGAUAGAGGAAGACAAGAAGCGGGGUCACGCUGUGAUAACUGUGACAGCUAAGGACAAAGAUGAAGGGCCAAGUACCAAACUGAGGUACCAGAUCACAUCCGGCAACGAGAGAGGUACCUUUGACAUGGAUCGCCAAGUCGGCACCGUCUUCGUGGCUCAGGCUCUAGACUACGAGCAGGAGCGGCUGUACAGGUUGCGAUUGGUGGUUUCGGAUGGCAAGUGGGAGAGCCACACUGAGGUUCUCAUCCAUGUGGUGAACCAGAAUGAUGAAGCCCCGCUGUUUUCCCAGAAGGAAUACCACCUUCACGUGCUGGAGGAGCUGAGGGAGCUGCCCAUAGGGAUUUUGCAGGUUUUUGCCAUGGACCCUGAUCAGGAAGCAGACCAGACAGCUCUCCGAUACUCCCUCCGCGGACAGGGCACCGGUGGUGAGUUCCUCAUCGACGAGGUAACGGGUCAACUUUCUUCGUGGAAGAGCUUGGACCGUGAGAAGCGUUCAGUCUGGCAUUUCCUCGUCUUGGCCACUGAUGAGAAUGGGGAGGGGCUGACCGGCUUUGCCGACGUGGUCGUUAAAGUGGACGACAUAAAUGACCAGGCCCCUUUCUUCCUCUGUGCCACCGAUGACUGCUUCGUGGGGCACGUUCCUGAGGAUGCUCCGGCGGGCACAGCCGUCCUAGAUAUGGCUGCGGUGGACUUGGAUGACCCCCGGGCAGGAAAGAACGCUGCCCUCGCCUACCGGAUUUCCCACAGUGCACAGAACGACACCUACCUAGACUUGUUCUCUGUCCAUCCCACCACCGGCACCAUCUACACCCUGCGGAAGUCACUCGACCGGGAAGAAAGAGACGAGUAUCUGGUGGUGGUGGAGGUGAGAGAUGGUGGGGGACUCACGGGAACAGGAACAGCCACCAUCUUGGUGUCAGAUGUCAAUGAUCACGCCCCCGUCUUCACCCGGGAUGUGUACACGGCCUCCGUCUCUGAGAGCGCUGACCCAGGCAGCCAAGUGGCUGUCGUAUCAGCCACCGACUGGGAUGAGGGAGAGAAUGCAGCUGUGACCUUCAGCAUCCUGGAAGGUGAUCCGGAACGGAAGUUUUUCAUGGAGACCGACAGAGGCUCCAGGCGAGGCUGGAUCCACCUGAGGAAGAAGCUGGAUUUCGAGAGGCCCCACGAGCGGGUAUUCAACUUAACCCUCCGGGUGGAGGAUGCGGACUUCUUCAGCCUGUCCCGCUGUGUGGUCCAGGUGGAAGAUGCCAAUGACCACGUGCCCACUUUCUCCCCGCCGCGGUAUGAUGUCCCUGCUCUGCGCGAGGACGUGGCCUUGGGGACUGUAAUAGCUCAGGUCUCCGCCGUGGACCUGGACUCGGGACCGAAUGGCCGGGUGUCUUACCACUUGCAGGACCAGCCCUACGCAGGCGGCCGGUUUUCGGUGGACGGCGAUGGCAGGGUGAAGGUGGCGGGACCUCUGGACCGAGAGGCCGUGGGCCAGCACCGUCUGGUGAUCCUUGCGGUGGACGAGGGCCGUCCGGCGCUGACGGGCAGUGCCACCGUGCUGGUGACCCUCCGGGAUGUCAACGACCACGCCCCCACCUUUGAGGUCCCGUACCGGCCGGUGGUGUGGGAGAACACUGCCGCCCCACGGGUCGUCCCGAUGAAUGAGACGUCUCCUCUGUUGUACGCCAUGGACCGGGACUCUGCGGCCCAUGGUGCCCCGUUCUCCUUCCAUCUGCUGAGUGGCACAGCACCCUUCAGCCUGCGGGAUCUCCACAAUGGGAGCGCCCUGCUCACGGCGCUGAGCACCUUUGAUCGGGAAGUCCAGGAGACUUUUCACCUGCCCAUCCUGAUCACGGACAGUGGCGACCCCCACCUCAGCGCCACCCACAUGCUCACUGUCACCGUUGGAGACAGGAACGAUCAUGCUCAUGCCCCCGGGCACCUGGAAUGUCUAGUCUACGCCUUUGAGGGCAACCUCCCCACGAUGGUCCUGGGUCAAGUCCAUGCUCUAGACGUGGAUGUCUGGGAUGAGAAGACCUAUCACUUGGAAGGAAAAGCCUCCAGGCACUUUUUCCUUAAUGGCACCUCUGGUAUAUUGAGUAUCAAAGAAGGUAUCCCCCCAGCAACUUACAAUCUUGAAGUGAAAGUUUCAGAUGGUGUCUGGCCAGAUGUCAUCUCCACUGUAAAAGUCAUCGUGAAGGAAAUCAAAGAAGAUGCCAUCCGUAAUGCAGGCUCCAUACGAAUUCCAAAUCUCACCGCGGAAGAUUUCAUAUUUCAGCCCCCUGGUCAAGACAGCAAGUAUAAUCAAGUGAAGAAAGUACUCUCUGAAAUCAUUCCAGUUCAACCUGAAAACAUUGAUCUCUUCAGUGUCUUGGAUCACCAGGGCCAGAGUCAAGGAAUUGACAUUUGGUUUGCAGCAGGCGGGUCCUCCUAUUAUAAAGCAGAAAAGCUGAACGGAAAUGUGGCUGCAGCCAAAACGCAACUGGAGAGCCUCUUGGGUGUAGACAUCACCCAGGUUGGCAUAGACGAGUGUGCCAAUGUAAAUUGCAGCCAGGGCACCGGAUGCGUUAGCAGCAGUGACCACAGCCCGGUUCCCAGCGUUGUUACAGCUGGGAAUGUUUCUCUGGCCUCAAUCACAAUGCUCAACAGUGCUCAGUGUUUCUGUGCAGCCCGGGAGAGCCGGCACUUGUCCUGUUCUACCUACAAGACGGACCCGUGUCUUAACGGAGGCACCUGUGUCGACACCGAGCUGGGCUUCAGGUGCAGGUGUCCCGUAGGCUUCCGUGGCCCUGAGUGUCAGCAAACCCAGCGCACGUUCAGAGGGGUGGGUUAUGCCUGGUUCCCCCGCAUCAAGCCCUGCUCCGAGAACCACAUCUCCUUGGAAUUCAUCACCGAGGAACGAGACGCCCUUCUCCUCUAUAACGGCCCGGUGGCAGAGGUGCAACCAGGAGAGGCUGAAGAUUUUAUUGCGUUGGAGCUCCGAGAUGGUGUUCCCUGCCUGAUGCUGAACCGAGGGUCCGGACCCCUCUUUCUCCAGUUGUCCCCCGAAGUUAAUGUGGCUGAUCGUCACUGGCACCACCUCAAAAUCUUCACCAACGGGAAGAAGGUGAAGCUGAUCCUUGACCACUGCAUUAAUGCUUCUGCAAAGGAGGAGUCAGAGAAGGCUUCAUGGGGAGAAUCUUCACAUUGUGAGGUUUCCGAGGAAAUUCCAGGAAGCAAGAGGUUCUUCAACAUUCAGCAGCCCCUGCAGCUGGGUGGAGUUAAGAAGUUUUUGCCUUACCACAGUGCAGAAACUCACCUCAGAGGGUUUGUCGGUUGUGUGAGGAAUCUGGUCGUCAACAGCAAGGUUUAUGACUUGGAGCAGCCAGCGGAGUCCUUACACAGUUCCCCGGGCUGCGGCGUUACCGAUGGGAUGUGCGGAGAGGACGGGGACUCCCCCUGUGGUCCUCAUGGCACGUGCACGGGGGAGUGGAGCUCCUUCAGCUGCAGCUGUCAGCCUGGUUACACAGGAGCCAAAUGCGACAAAGUUCUCCCAGAGUGGUCUUUUGGCAGGGACAGCUGGCUCCGUUUCAAGCUGAAAGGCCCUCUGAGUGCCCACCAGACUCACGUCCAACUCAUGGUCCGCACCCGGGCUUCCUCUGGCACCCUCCUCAGCCUGGCCUCCGCAGCUGGCCCCGGCCAUAUCCGGCUGGAGGUGGUGAACGGGCACUUUGGGAUGGAUUUCAGUUUAGGGGAAGAGAAGCACACCGUGCAGCUGCCGACUCCGCGUGUAGACCACGGGCAGUGGGUCCUCCUGCAGCUGGAACGAUACGCCCAGGAGUUCACUCUGCGAGUCAAUGAUGGCGGAGGGGACCGGGAAGCGACGUUGGUGACUGGCACCCGGUGGCGGUUUGAGAUCGAUCAGGAGGGUGUGCUACUGGGGAAUCACCUCUUGAACCAUUCAGAGAGUGACUUCCAGGGUUGCAUGCGUGAUGUCCAGCUCAAUGGGAGGCCUCUUCUUGUGGAGAGUAAAUCGGCGGGGUUUGGCUUGAUUCUGGGCAGCCAGGGCGUCACGGUGGGCUGCCAUUCCAGAGCCUGCAGCAUUAAACCCUGCUAUAGUCCUUUUCACUGUGUGGACUUAUGGAGAAAAUAUGAGUGCAGGUGCCCAGCUGGCCGAGUGGAACUCAUCGACGGUCUGACAGGUCUCAAGCAGUGCUCCCCGCCCCCCUGCGAGCCAGGGAGCUGUAGAAACGGAGGCACUUGUGUGGGGCGAUCCCCGGAAAAAUUCAUCUGCCGUUGCCUGGAUGGCUUCCGGGGGAAAUGGUGUGAGAUCAGCCGGGCGAAGACUGCGAGCCCGGGGGGACUCAGCUCCGGAUCGAUCCUAGCCAUCAGCAUGGGCCUUCUUGUAUUCCUAGCUCUUCUGGUCUCCUACACUGUUUGGAGCCAGUGGGGACGGGCCAGGUUUCAGAAAGGAGAAGUCUAUCGCGUCCCAAAGAAACACGAGAGCCGGGAGGACGCGCGAGGAAACAUCUUCAACUCUAAUGAGGAAGGUGGAGGAGAGCAUGAGCUGAUCUCCCGUGCUGCCGAUGAAUUCAAGAGGCCUCGGCCCCCAGGCUGCAUCCCCCAGCCACUUUCAGACCUCUCACCCCAGGAACCUCACCCUGGACCAGGGAAAGACACCCAGCUCACAUGCGUCAUUCACCCCCAACCCAGAGAGGCCAACCUGGCAGCGGCCAGCGGCCCGGACGCUACAGAUUCCGCCUCUCCCGGAGCAGAGGAGGCGGGCAGCGAAGGGCAGAAUCUCCCAGGGGAUACCCUCUAUGGGGUCCGCUUCGGAGGGUGGGGGACUCUAGCAGGGAGCCCGAGUUCUUUAGGUUCCCCCAAGAAGGUUGGAGACGUAGACGAUGAUUCCCUCAAGGAGUCGGGCUCCGACUUUGACCCCCUCAAAGACCUCUACGAGCUCUCAGAAGGGCAGCUCUAAGGGGGGAAUUCCAUCCUAUGCUGCGGUCGGGGGCGAAUCCUGCCAUCUCCUGAAGAUCUCCCCUC